GGCCCCGGGAGGCUGCAGCGUCCCAGCUCCUGCAGGUGCUUAAGCGCGCGCAGUGCAGCCCCGCGGCGCGGACACUCCGGGUCCAGGGAUCCGACACCCAAGCUCCACGUGGCGGCCGGUGACUGUGUGAACACAGAGGGCUGACAACGGUGUGAGCAGCUGGGACAGGACGAGCCUGGAGUCAUGGCGCCCAUGCCGGACAGUAACACGGAUAGUGGCUCCGAGGCCCUGCUGCCAGACCUGCCCCGGGGGCCCCUGGACACCUACCGGGCGCGCGCCUCCUUCUGCUGGAAGGAGAUGGCCCUGUUUCUGGAGGGGAAGGAGGCGCUGCAGCUGAAGAAAACCGUCUUCUCGGUCCUGGAGCGCGACCCCCUAUUCGCGCAGCCCCGCGGGGGUAGCAGCGAGCUCUCCCUGGAGCAGUACCGGGAGCUCAACUUCCUGCGUGUCCGCCGCCUUCUGGAGCACAACUUCCUUCGGCCGGAGGAGCUGGCCGAGUGUCCGCUGCGCGCCCUGGCGCUCAUCGAGUGUCUGGGCAUGUACGACUGGUCCCUGGGCAACAAGUUCUUCCUCCACAUGCUGGUGUUCACCUCAACCAUCUACAGCUCCGGCUCUGAGCGGCACUUGCAGUACCUCUCCAGGAGCCUGCGGAUGGAGAUCUUUGGCUGUUUUGCGCUGACGGAAUUGAGUCACGGGAGCAACACCAAGGCCGUCCGCACCACCGCACACUACGACCCCACCACACAGGAAUUCAUCAUUCAUUCUCCUGACUUCGAAGCUGCCAAGUUUUGGGUUGGCAACAUGGGCAAGACGGCGACGCACGCGGUGGUGUAUGCCCAGCUGUUCACGCCAGGGGGCCGGUGCCACGGCCUCCACGCCUUCAUCGUGCAGAUCAGGGACCCUAAGACGCUGCUCCCCAUGCCAGGGGUGAUGGUCGGCGACAUGGGGCGGAAGCUCGGGCAGAACGGUCUGGACAACGGGUUCGCCAUGUUCCACCAGGUGAGGAUCCCUCGCACGGACCUUCUGAACCGCACUGGGGACGUCACCCCUGAGGGCACCUAUGUCACCACCUUCAAGGACUCCAGGCAGCGCUUCGGAGUGGCCCUGGGCAGCCUGUCCACAGGCCGCGUCUCCAUUGUGGGCAUGUCUGUGGCGAACCUGAAACUGGCCGUGGCCAUCGCCCUGCGCUUCUCGGCCACCCGAAGGCAGUUCGGGCCCUCAGGGCAGGAGGAGGUCCCUGUGCUGGAGUACCAGCUGCAGCAAUGGCGCCUCCUGCCCUACCUGGCGGCUGCCUACGCCCUGGACCACUUCUCCAAGUCCCUGUUCCUGGACCUGGUGCAGCUGCAGCAGGGCCUCCUGGGCGAGGACCGGGGUUCCCGGCAGGCUGAGCUCGGGCGGGAGAUCCACGCUCUGGCGUCGGCCAGCAAGCCCCUAGCCUCGUGGACGGCCCAGCGAGGUAUCCAGGAGUGCCGGGAAGCCUGCGGGGGACACGGCUAUCUGUCCAUGAACCGUCUGGGUGCCCUGCGGGACGACAACGACCCCAACUGCACAUACGAGGGUGACAACAGCGUCCUGCUGCAGCAGACCAGCCAGUUCCUGCUCAGCCUCCUGGAGUGCGGCGCCCUCGGUGGUGUGCGCUGUCAGAGCCCUCUGGGCUCCGUGGACUUCCUGCAGGCAUACCCCGACAUCCUUGGCCGGACGGCCACCUGCCCCAGCACCCGCGACUGCCUGGACGCCUCAGCCGCCCUGGCAGCCUACGAGUGGCUGGUGUGUCACCUGCUCCAGGCCAGUUCUCAGCAGCUGGAGCAGGAACGGAUGUCGGGCCGCAGCGACUUCGAUGCCAGGAACAACUGCCAGGUGUCCCACUGCCGGCCCCUGGCUCUGGCCUUCCUGGAGCUCACGGUCCUGCAGCGGUUCCGAGAACACACGCGGCGGCCCGAGGUGCCGACCGGGCUGAGACCAGUGCUGGGGCGUCUCUGUGCGCUCUAUGGCCUGUGGUCCCUGAGCCAGCACAUGGCACUGCUAUACCGAGGAGGCUACUUCUCAGGCCCCCAGGCGGGGCAGGUGGUGGAGCGUUCCAUCCUGGACCUGUGUACCCAGCUGAAGGAUGACGCGGUGGCCCUGGUGGACGCGAUCGCCCCCCCUGACUUUGUCCUGGCCUCCCCCAUUGCCAGAGCUGACGGGGAGCUCUACAAGAACCUGUGGGGGGCUGUGCUGCAGCAGCCAGGCGUGCUGGAGCGGCCCGCCUGGUGGCGCGAGUUCUCCGUGUACAAGCCUGCCGUGGGCAGCCUGAGACCCAAGCUGUAGCUGCCAUCAGCUGUCCAGCGAGGAGACCAGGCCAGCGCAAGCAAGGCUCCGAUGGCGCCCAGUGGGGAAGGCCGCGCUGCUGUGCAGACCCCUGGUGCCCCUGCCCCCACCUGGCCUUUGGGUCUGCAGAGCAUUGGCCACUCAGGGCCAGCUUGGUCAGUGCUCUGCUCUGUGCCCCAAAGAUUCAGAAGGAAACGCAGACCCAGCCUCUUGCUUUCUUGUCAGGAAAUGGUACCACCGGGAGACAGUGCUCCUGAUGGGGAAACGUGUCAGGCUUCAUCACUAACAGCGAGACCAGCCUGGUCACAGCCACCCUCCACAGCCAGCUGAGUGAGCGGGACAUGGGUCCCUCUCUGAGUGACCAGCACACAGACCAGCUCUCAGUGACCGGGACACGGCCCCUCUCUGGGUGACUGGCACACCGGCCAGCUCUCAGUGACUGGAACACGGCCCCUCUCUGAGUGACCGGCACACGGCCCAGUGUCCAGGUGUGGCCAGAGCCUUCGUCCCCACCGCAGCAGCCUGGUUCUGAAACCACAGCUGUGAAGUGUCGGCUCCUGAGCCGUGGAGGGCGGCCACGGUUCCCUGCGCUUCUCCAGGCCAGCCUGGACCCUGUGUCCCCCUCAGCCAGGUGCAUCCCCGACUGGCUGUUGCGACCCCAGGGGCUUCCUGUGUGAUUCAGCCACAUUGCACGCCCCCCAUGCCUGGCAGCCUCCCAUUCUGGGUGUGGCUGUGCCCGUCAGGGUGUCUUGACCUUACUGUGGAUGGUGCCCCCAGCUCUCAUCCUGCAGUGCCAAGCGGGCACCCAGAGGGCUAAGGAUGGUAGGCACCAGUGCCAACAGCUGCAGCCUGAGCCUCUGCCUGGGUGUGUGGGUGCAUGGGUGGGAGGAUGGGUAAUGAGUGGGCUGGCACAUUGGGGCUGCGAAUGAGACCCUCUCCCAACCCGCCUCAGUUUCCCUCUCUUCAUA